AUGACUUCUUUCAAGCUUCUUUUCCCUAUAAUCUCUCUCCUUCUCACUAUACUUUCUUCUUCAGUAAAUUCACUCAACCUAGGUGAAGUUAAUGUGCUGAUCAUCAACAACAUGCAAGCCCCAUUAACCCACCAUUGCCACUCACAAGGUAACGAUCUCGGGACGAAGACCAUCCAACAAGGAAAGAGCUUCACCUGGACCUCUCAGAUCAUUCUCAAGAAAAGUGAGAGUUAUUUCUGUGACAUGAGCGCGGGGAAUUUGCAUGGAAAUUUCGACAUAUUCGAGACCAAGAGAGACUUUGGUAGGUGCGCUGAGAGUAACUGUAUUUGGCGGGUGAAUCGUGAUGGAUUGUAUCUCUUCAUCAACAAUAAUUAUGCUUUGCAGUAUCACUGGCCGUAG